AAACCGUUACCUCAGACCCGAUUCUUCUUCUUAUCUAGCUUUUCUGUGGACGGAUAGCUUCGGCUGACUGUGAAGUGUGAAGUGAACAACAGCAACAAUGGCUUCUGCUGCUUCUUCUCUGAUGUUAACAUACGCCUCUCCAACAGUUUUUCCUUCAGAGACCCCCUCUUUAUGCUUCAAAUCAAGCCCCGUCUCCCCUUCCUCAAGGAGCUUCUCCGUCUAUCCGUUAGUUUUGCAGAGCAGAGGAAGGAAAUCUUUUAAUUGGGUUCAAGUUUCUUCUAGGAAAGAAUCUAAAUUUGAUUCUUCACUUGUCGUUGCGGCAGCUGUUGCUGCUGAAGCAGAGGUAGCUGAGGACGUCGAACAAGAGGGCACCGAAGGCAGCGCUACUGCGAUUGCGCCGGCUCCGUCGAAGCCUAAAAAGGGGAAAGCAGCAUUGCCAUUGAAGAGAGACAGAACGAGGUCUAAGAGGUUCUUGGAAAUUCAGAAGUUGAGGGAAAAUAAGAAAGAGUAUGAUUUGCCCACUGCUAUAUCACUUAUGAAGCAAACGGCAAAAUCUAAGUUCGUAGAGACGGCGGAAGCCCAUUUCCGACUAAACAUUGACCCUAAAUAUAACGACCAACAGCUGAGGGCUACUGUGAAUUUACCUAAGGGAACUGGUCAGACUAUUAGAGUAGCUGUGCUUACUCAAGGUGAAAAGGUAGAUGAAGCAAAAAAUGCAGGAGCUGAUUUAGUUGGUGGAGAAGAUUUGAUAGAACAGAUAAAAGGUGGAUUCAUGGAGUUCGAUAAAUUGAUUGCUUCUCCAGAUAUGAUGCCCAAGGUUGCCAGUCUAGGAAAGAUUUUGGGACCACGAGGUCUCAUGCCAAAUCCAAAAGCUGGUACUGUCGCAACUGAUAUACCCCAGGCUAUUGGAGAAUUCAAGAAAGGGAAAGUUGAAUACAGGGCAGAUAAAACUGGGAUUGUUCACAUACCUUUUGGGAAGGCAAACUUUUCUGAAGAAGAUCUUCUUGUAAACCUGAUAGCAGCAGUAAAAUCAAUAGAAGCAAACAAGCCAUCAGGUGCAAAAGGAGUAUACUGGAAAAGUGCACAUAUAUGCUCAUCAAUGGGCCCGUCCAUUCGGUUGAAUAUAAGGGAGAUGCUUGACUACAAGCUUCCAUCUAAUGUCUAAAAGAGUUCAUCUGUUCCUGUAAAGUUUGUUUUCUCGUGUUUUAUUUAAUCGUCUUUGUUGAUACUGGCUUUGAAGUUUGCUGAUGAUUCAGAAAACAAGAUAAGGCAAGGACAAGGAUGAAGAACAAGAGGGAGACCUUGACAGGUAUUUUCUGGUCCAAAUUUUGCUGCAGUGGGCCUGCAUGCUCUCUCCUUUUACACUGCUUAAGCAAGAUCUUGUAUAACGACAAUAAUCAAUGUUAUCAUCAUUUUGUUCCAUUAGGAUCUUCCAAGGUGGAUAACUAUUAAUGCCAUUUUCUAACUCCUUGGUGCUCAAACUUUGUGAUAUCAAUCAAAGAUGCAUAUACUGAAGUUUCUCUUA